GAAAGCAGCUACCAAGAAGGAAGGAAAACAGGGGGAAAGUGACAAAAGAAAGAGGGAAAGAGGCAUUAUGAGAUAGAAAUAUUACAAGGAGAAGGAGAGAAGCAAAAUCCCAGAGUGCCUCGGCGGACCCUGCAAACAGACAUGAAUAAUCGCUCCAUCGCCUGGUGGCUGAGACAAAUUGGCCUGCCCCAGUACACUAAGACACUAGAGAGUGAAUAUUAUGGUCUGGAGGGUUUGUUGAGUGUAACGGAUGGAGAGCUGAAGGAUGCAGGAAUAGAGGAUGCAACACACAGAGAAACCAUCCUCAAUCAGCUUUCAAGACACCGACAGACACUGGAUCCACACUCUGUUUCAUAUUUACCGGACAAACGUGAGAGUGGUGUUAAAGUGAUGCGCAGGGUGAGCCGAAAGUACUCCCUAGGAUCGUCUAUGGAUCUGGUGAAGCCGAGGAAGGAUCUGUUCCGUCAUAGUGUCCUGCCACGCCUCCAGCGUUCUGAUAAAAAGCACCGCCUCUCCGCCUCCUGCUCCCAGCUACGCCCCCUGAAUGAGGACAACACUAUCAGUGAGGUGGAGCACUGUCAGGACACCAAACGCAGCAAGAGGAGGAUUGUCAGCGCAUACCUCAGUCAGCUGAAGGUGUUUGGUGGUCGGAGAGACAUGGACUCAUUAAAGAAGGAGCUGGAGGAGGAGCUGAAGCUCAGCACUGAUGACCCGAGGAGCCAUGCAUGGUACCACGGACCGCUGAGCAGAGAGGCUGCAGAGUCCUUGUUUGAGAGGGACGGAGACUUCCUGGUGCGAGACUCGAGCUCCGCUCCUGGGGACUACGUUUUGAGCUGCUAUUGGAAGGAUGGGCCAAUGCACUUUAAGAUCAUACGAGUGAUCCUUCGUCCCAAAAAAGGCUACUCUCGGGAGCUGUUCCAGUUUGAGGAGGAUCGCUUUGACAAUGUUCCUGCUCUGAUCCGAUUCUAUGUGGGCGGGCGUCGGCCCAUCUCUCAGGCCUCGGGCGCUGUGAUCUUUCACCCAAUCACACGGACCCUUCCUCUGCGUGUCAUCACUGAGCAACACUCAGAGUCUACAAGCAGCAGCAGCAGUAGAGGUUCAGGGAGAGAAGGACACAAUGAGGCCAACAAAAGACGCAGCUUCAGCUCUGCACACAAUGACACACUGCAGGUCAUCAAUCCACUGCUGAGGAGUGGAAGUCAGCCUGCUAACUUGGAGAACGUUGGACGCAGGCCUUCACUUCAGUCUGCACAAUCUGACAGCAACCUGCGAACAGGUGUCCCACAGAACACUCAGUCACAGAACACUGGCCCCGCCCCCAUCUCUCCAGUGUUUCGCACGGGCAGCGAGCCCCUGCUGAGCCCCCGACCACGACACACACGCCCCACCUUUCCAGGUGGUGGUGUAACUUUGCGAGGUUCAGAUGGUCAGCUGCACCCGAGAGCUCCUCCUAAACCUCUUAGGGUCUCUGCCGUCUUCGCUAACGCCGUCCCUCCCCCACCCACGGACUGGGACGUUGACCCCUCAUCUUUUUACGAUGAGCUGGUCGUCCAGGUGCCACAGUCUCGACGGAAAGGUCAUGUGGACAGACUGCGUGCAGAGGAGAAGUGGCAGAGCCGCGCCCGCCUCACAGAGACUUCCUUUGGCUUUCUGGAGGCACAGGAGAAGAGUGACGCAUCAUCACAGCUGCCUUUGCUACCGCAGAAGAAGGGGGCACAGGAAGUUGAAGACUGGCAUUUUGAAAAGCCACAUGUGGAGUCAGUCUCGUGUUUCCAGCUGGAUCAGUUUGAGUCGCUGCUCUUGCCAGAGAACAACCGACCUCUAGAUCCCAGCAUCCUGCUAACACUCAAAGAGCUCUUCAACCGCUCAAACUCCGAAAUCACCGCUCUGCACAUGCUCAGUGUUGACUGUCAGGUCGCACGCAUCGUCGGGGUGACAGAUGAGCAGAAGAGGCUUAUGGGAGUUGGAUCAGGGUUGGAGCUGGUCACUUUGCCGCACGGACACCAGUUACGACAGGAUUUGUUAGAAAGGCAUCAUCUAAUAGCACUGGGAGUCGCAGUGGACAUCCUGGGCUGCACAGGGACUGUGAGUCAGAGGGCAACCGUUUUACAUAAAGUAAUCUUAUUGGCUCAGGCCCUGAAAGAACACGCCCAUGACCUCUACUCCUUCUCAGCAGUGAUGAAGGCCCUGGAGAUGCCACAGAUAAUGCGACUGGAAAUGACGUGGCGAGCGCUGAGGAGGAAUCACACAGAGACUGCAGUUUUAUUUGAGAAGAAUCUCAAACCCUUCAUGAACAUGCUGAAUGAGGGAGACGACUCUGAGGUCCACGGUCCCAUAGCCGUGCCACACCUGGUUCCCCUGCUGAUGGCAAUGGAGGGCGAUGACCCGGUGGAGGACAGUGAGCGAGGCUGUGAGCUUCUCUACGACGUCCUUCAGUCAGCUCGCAGUGCCGCGUUGCACGCACAAGAUUAUCAGCGGCACGCACACUCUCUGCUCACAGCAGGCUGGGAGCCAGUCCCCGAACUGCUGGAGGCUUUCCGGACAGAGUUCGCCCUGCAGCUGUUCUGGGGUCAUUCGGGGGCAACGGCUGACAGAGAGGAGCGCUACGAGAAGUUUGACAAGAUUCUUUGUGUACUCUCAGAUAAACUGGAACCCGUGGAGAUCACCCCACUACAACCCGACCCUCUAACCUGAGCCUCAGGGCCUGUUUCACUAAGUGAAAGGUGAAGUCAACACUUUCUUCACAUGAGCAAAGAAAGAUGAGAGUAAAAAUGUUUUUAGUUGCGUCUCGGUGUGUUGCGGUAGCCAAGGCAGAGAUCUUACACAGACAUAAAGGAAAAAGUUAUUUUGGAGAUGCGAGAGACUUUCAAGCUUGUCAAGUGACAUGUUAACUUAUAAAAGAAUGAACUAUAUCUGGAAUGUGUGGGCUGUCCUUUACUGUGGAGAAGGCUGCGCUGGAUUCAUUUUCCUUUUACAGGGAAUCUGAAAUUGUUUACCCCAAAACUAGCAUCUGUUAACUUCUUUCAAUGUGCAUUUCUGACAUCAGACACUGUUUUAUCCGUCAACACCACUUGUUGUUUGAUACUUGAGAUUCCAGAGGACCAACAUGAACAUUAUUAAAACUGAGUUAGUCCCCUUUGUACAUAAACUGCUGCUGUAAGGGACUACAGUGGAAAUUGUGUUUUUCAUUUCAGUGUUUUUAAAGCAAUACAUGUAUUUGUUUGAUUUUUGCAUGAAAUGUUUCUCAUAAAUGAUGCUGUAAAGAAACAAAGAAGACCAGGAAUGUUUUUUUUCUUUAUACUUUAUGACUCAAACAAUACACGUAAAUACAUACUUUUCUUUUUAAAAUUGGAUCAUACAAUAAAACCCCUUAAAUGUGGAGAAAACUAGUGCAGGACAGAGUGGUACAGAAAGAGAUGGUAAACCUUAUGUGGCACAAUUAAAUAUUUUUAAAGUCCCCAUGCACUCGAAUAUGUGUUUUGCCUACUGUUGCUUCUCUUGGAAGGUGCAGAAUGAUGUUUGUGCAGAAGUUUCUCUGCACUCGCCUUUAAUCUGAGGUUAAAACACAUAAAAACAAAUGUCCAAUUAGUGUGAUGGGAGAAGAAGUAAUUCAGGGUUCCCACACAUUUGUUCAAAACUUUUUCCAUAAAAUUUUACGCCAUUUCCAUGACGUUAUUUAAAUAGUUAUAAAAUAUGUAGGACAAGCCUAUAUACAUGUAGCGACACAGCCACACAGAAUUAAACACACUUAUCAGCCGCUCAGCAAACUGUUAGCGUUUGCCGACUUAACUCCCUCGUUAGAUGCUGCCAUCUAGCUGCAUGUGCGAAUAGACCAGACCGCCACAUACGGGUAACUUCAAGGCUCUUUUGGGGGGGACAGAAAACUGAAGAUCCUGUAUAUAGAUGUAAAUGCAACAUGAAGUGUGUUUAGAUCCUAAAUUUGACGAGUUGCAUUUACUGUAUUACUUGUAAAACAACCAGUUUUUUUAACGGACUUGUCUAAUAAUUGUUUUGCGGCCUUGCCUGAACCUGAACUUCCAUCAUACCUUCAUAAAUUAAGGCCAACAUGUUCCUUUAGUCUUCCUCCGUUCAAGUGGAUCAGUGACACAAAAACCACAGCCAGAUAGUACUUAUCUGCACACGUAUGUCCCAAUCAUAUUUGACUGAAUCACCAGGUAUCGUAAAGCUAAGUGUUGUCUGUUUGAUCUAGACUGAGAUUUAGUUGGAGACGAAAGUCUGAUGCUGAUGUACUGUGGCAGCCUCCCACUCAAGCUAAUGUUAGCUAUCCAUCAGUAGUAACUGUCAUUGGCAUAAUUUAACGAUUUACCACACUGACAGUGAAUAUCCACUCAUCUUAUGGCCUCAAAUCUCAGUGUGAAAGCCUUGGUUGACCUGCCACACAACCAUUUCUCAGCAUUUCCUGUUUCACUGAUCGUGUGACAGCAUGUUUUCUUUCCAACAAUAGGGGCCACGGCCUUGAUGAUGACACAGUGUUGGUCUGUGUGUAUUGGGGAGAUACUAGUGACAUUUCACGCACUGCAGCAUUGGAUUUUAAAUUAAUAUUCAAGGAACAUAUUUUGUAUAAUGUGAGACAUGUUUGGGGAUUUCUAUGAACAUAUUUAAAAUAAUAGCUAAAGCUUUUUUUUUUUAAAAAAAAAACAAUCUGUUGAUUCAAAACCAUUUCCGGACCUGAGAAAGUUUUCUAAUUUUAUAAAUUUCCUGGGAAUUUGAUGACUGUGGGAACCCUGGUAAUUUCAAGAAUUUUUAACUACUUAUUUGACUGACAAAACUUCUUUUAAGUGAGAGUUUUUAUGUGUCUGUAGGGUGUCUUUAAACACUCCUAGCAGAUUUUAAAAGUGCUUAAUCUUUUUUUUUCCUGUUCACUACUUGGCAGUGAUCCAGUGAGGCGCUGAAUCUUAAAACUCCCAUUUCCUCCCUUUGAAUCCUGAUGUCAUUCUUUGGAAAUUUGGUCGAACAGGUCAUCUGGAUUUCAGUUCAGAAUAAUGGUAACAAUUGUUUCAUAGGAUUUGAGAAGGCCUAUAAGAGUGAGAUUCAGAGAGCUGGGGGCUCAAAAAAUGAAAACAGGUGGUUAAACUACGUAAAACAAACCGGUAUACAAGUAUGAGAAACAUAAAAACCAUCAAAGAACCAGUUAAAGACCAGAGUUGAAACCGCUCUGCCACUUUUGUGCAAAGUUGGAAUAUGAAAGUGAAGAUGAAAAAAUAAUAAUUGCUUGUUAUUCACUUUUGAGUUGCGCAUAUUAUUGUUAGUUUUAUGAUGUCAGUGCUAUGUGGUGAUCUGUGAAGCAGCAACCUCAAAUGCAGGCACUUCACACAGUAUUUGUGCCUUGAAUGAUAAAAUGAUAACUGCUGUAUUUUUUUACUUUAACUUUGAUCAGUAUUGCCACUGUGCCUUACCUUUGGUUUUUACCCAACAUGACUUAAAGUCACAAAACAACAUUGGAAAGCAAGUUUCCUUUGAAAUGUCGCUUUAGUAUUAACAGAUUAGGUUCACAUUUCUUCUUGAAACAAUACUCACGUGCACAUGUGGACAUUAAAGCAGUUUCUGCUUGCUGUAAUUAUUCUUUGAGCUCAUAUUGGCCAUUAAAAUAACCCUUACUAAAGCACUUCUAAGGUAAGUGGUAAGGGACAAAAUCAACAGCUCAUAUCUUCCAGUGUUACAGUAUUUUUAGUAUGAAUGUACAUCUUUUCCUGUAACUCAAAGACGAAAUAUUUUGUAUUUAAAAAAAAAAAAAAAAAAGGUUAUCAUGUGAUUAGUCCUGUUAAGGGGUGGCAACCUUUACUGUCAAAAGAGAUUUGCCCCCCCACAAAAAAUCUGUCUAGCCGUGAAACAUAUUUGAGCCUUAUUAUGAAGGCAACACAGCUUAUUAAGUCUUAAUUAGCCUAUCAACAUUACUAAAAGGUCUAAAUCAUAGACUAAAUAAAAUGGUUGUAGCCACUGUCAUCCAUUGGGUUGUGAACUCUGGUUUUGAAGCCUGGAGUUCGUCAUUUUGGCCAUCGCCAUCUCGGUUUGAGCUGUGGCAGAGCUAGCGGAAGAUCUGACUCAUAGACUGGGGUGACAUCUUGCAGACAGCCUGUUGCUCAAAGCAGCCACAUCCUUAAUUUUGCGUAACUUUAAGCCUUCAGAAAAUGCAAACAGGUGAGUUAUAAAAAACUUCACCCUCAGUACAGUUGUCAAAAAUGGGGAAAUUAGCGAAAGAGAGCAAAAUUGCAUUUUGUACCAGGUUGUGAACAUGUUUAUUUCUGCUGUAAAGUUGGGCAUUUUAACAUGGCAGUUUUUCGGGGGGAUUUACUCGCCCUUGGAGUCAGCCUCAAGGAACUGCAGUUUUUGGCACUUUGACAUGCUGUCUUCAUUUUUCAGCUCCAGAGGUUGCUGCAGGUCUAAAUGAGCAUUCAUUUAUAUGUUUUACCUCAAGGUGGCUACUCUUCAGGGGGCCAUUUAUGAUUAGGUGGUACUUUAACUUUACAACAUUGGCGGAGAAAGUAAACAAAUCUGUCCCUGUGCGAUUAAAUUCUCUGUUUUCCUCAGCGACUUUUUCUUUUUCGGAUUUGGAAGCCAUAGCUAGUCUAUCUAGCUAGCCACCCCUACUGAGGGUUGGCAAAAUUUGGAGAAAAAGGUGCCAGGCCGAUGUAUGACUCACAUUUUAGUGGAUAAAAUGCUAUACUUUUUUUUAAAUUCAGUGUACAGGCUAUAGUACUUUAAAACUGGAGAAUGUAAAAAUUACUAUAGGCCUACAACAGUGAUGAAUGAGAAAAAAAAAAAAAGAAAAGUUUUUUCAAAGCCACAGGGGGCCACUGGA